AUGGAGAGCAAAAAUGAUUUUGCCCAUCAGCUGCUUCCUGGAAACAUGUCUCGUGGGAAGCUCUCCAACGCUGAUAUCACUUCUCCAAAUUACCGAAAGUAUGACAACAAGACAGAUAUAAUCAUUACCUGCAUUUUUGCACAAAAAGGAAAGUGGAGUGACUUGCGCUUGGUCAGAAGGUCCAGGUGGGCACUGGAUACGUAUGCCAACGGCACCAUCCCAGACGGCUUCAUCCUCUUGGGCUUCUCAGAUAAGCCAAGGCUAGAAAUGACCCUAUUUGUGACUGUGUCUGUCUUUUACACAGUCACCCUCGUGGGCAACACCACCAUCAUACUCCUGUCUCACCUAGACCCCCACCUGCACACCCCCAUACACUUCUUCCUCACCCACCUCUCCAUCCUGGACCUCUGCCUUACCGCCAGCUGCAUCCCCCAGAUGGUGGUCAAUUUCUGGGGCUCGGACAAGACCGUCAGCUACCUGGGAUGUGCAGUCCAGCUCUACAUCUUCCUGGGACUGGGAGCUGCAGAGCGUGUGCUGCUGCUGAUCAUGGCCUUCGAUCGCUACAUGGCAGUGUGCCGACCCCUGCACUAUGCAGUAAUCAUGCACCCGCCCCUGUGUCACAAGCUGGCGUUCCUGGUCUGGGCAAGUGGGAUUUUUGGCACCUUGGUGCCGUCUCCCACCACCAUGAAACUCCCCCUUUGCCAUCACCACCGGGUUGACGACUUUGUCUGUGAGGUCCCUGCGCUGAUCCGCCUGGCCUGCAGAGACACACAUAUCAACAAGCUCCAGAUCUCAGUGAUUGGUGCCGUCUUCCUGAUGGGGCUGCUCCUGCUCAUCCUUGUCUCCUACGGCCACAGAGCCCAGGCGGUGCUGGCCAUCCCGUCCCUGGAGGGCAGAAGCAAGGCCUUCUGCACCUGCUUUUCCCAGCUGGUGGUCGUCUUUCUCUUCUACUGCAGUGUCACUGCCGUUUACAUCCGACCCCGGAGUCACUUCUCCCAGAAGGGAGGCAAGUUCCCAAGUCUUUUCUACACUGUGGUGACCCCCACUCUCAACCCCCUCAUCUACAACGUCCAAAAUAAACAUGUCAGCAGGGCUGGCUUCUGGCAGGGCUGGUAUCUCUCCUUGGCCAGUGGAUAA